AUGGUCCACAAUUCGGCCUAUCCCACAUUUUGUCUCACUGGCGAUCCAGCGAGCAUCUCUAUUUACGAGAGCGAUGGUCGGUCUGGCUCUAUUGAGACACUGAAUCCUGUUCCAAAACAUAUUACAACCACACCACUGCCUAAAUUACGAAUCAUAGCUUGGCUCAAUGUAACUUCCGUCGAACCUAGCUCUAUACACUCCAAGUCAUCAAUCAAGCCGCUCCAAAUCUCAAAGGAAGCUCUUCAGGCACUCAAGGACGCAUAUAGAAUUGGCGAUGAACUAUGGGACUUGACUUCGACAUUUGGAGACAAACCCAUGAGUGCAGCUGUAGGUGAAGGAGCAAUUAAAAUUCAGGAUGGUGAAAAUGGUACUCAAGGUCUGACACACGUACCAGAAGAUAUCAACAAUAAUUUAGAUAUCUCUUACAGACUCACAUUUCCAACACCUGUGGGAAUUCGCGAUUGGACUUUACGACAAAUGGCUGUCUUCCACCAUCAUGAUCCUAAUGAUCUCCAAAAUCUCUGGAUCUUCUUUCAUGUCGGACAAAAUACACCCAUGCAGAAGGAACUUGAACAAUAUGCCUCAAUGUCUCCGCAGGGGCUACGUUUGGAUCAUCCGUGGUUUAUACUUCAUUCUUCUGCUUUCUCUUCAUGCCUGGAUAAUUGGCGCACUUAUGUUAACUGUCUAGGUCAUGACGUGGAUAGACAUACUGAUAAAUCCCUGGACUUCAUCUUGAGAAACAUCGAUCACUUUUUGACCGCUGGAGGAGACAGCAACUUGACGGCGAUUCACAAUACGCGUGACCUUCUCCUGCCUACGUCAUACAGAUUGAGCGUAAUAUUGGACACUCUCACGAAACUAUGUCAUUUGAGCAGUGCUCUAGGCUCACGGCAUAAAGGCACACACAAUGGGUUUCAAAAACUUGUCAAGUGUUUGACAUAUCAUAAAGAUCGUUUAGACGGACUUGUUGUUGGGGUGGAAGUAUUGAAGGAAAAGGUUAAGGAUAUCUUAAACAUGACGACAUUAGGGUUGGAUUUCAGGAUGACUAGGCAGAUGCUUGACCUCAACAACAGAAUGGUUGACUUGAACAACCGCAUGCUUAGUGCCAAUGAACAACUGCUCCAACUUGGAAACAAAAACUUCGACGAAAAUGCAACCGUCAAGGUAGUCACCAUCUUGACGCUUAUUUAUCUACCCGUGAACCUUGUGUCGUCUAUUUUCGGGAUGAAUUUGAUCAAGUUUGACGACGGUACAACCGAGGAACUCAGAAUAUCGAAGCAAUUCUGGAUCUUUGUUGUUGCUACAAUCAUCUUGGCAAUCAUUACGAUCAGCAUGUGGUAUUUAUGGACUCGGAAAGAACAGAUUACGAGGCGCAAGUCCCGCCUUCUGGGGCUCGAGACACCGCAGGAUGCUGAGGAAGAUGCCAAGUGA